UCAAUGGUUUUCAUGUCUCGCGGAAAGAGAGUGGUGUAUUUGUAAAUAUUACAAAAAAAAAAUUGUAAUUUGUAACUACUAUAUUCGCUGUAACAAACUUAACAAAGUGCAGUUUAAGUGUGUUUUAUACGAGUUUUAUGGAUACAAAUUAAUAAAUAAGGAUUUUUGAGCCCAUCAAGGGUCACCACUAUGGUUAUGGAAGCCGCCGCAGACAAACAUAAUGAUGAUCGAGUGUCGAUUCGGCCGAAAGCAGGCGGUGACGUCAUGACUCCAGAACGCUCUGUCAGCAACCUGGACCUCACCAUGCCGUACUCCGCACCAUCAAAUUUAGUCCUCACACCGGCGCCUGAAUGUCGCAAACUUUCCCGCGGAAUCUCACGCGCCACAGAUAACGAAGGGCUAGUUUGGGCGUUGCGCAGUAACACCGAGCCAGAUCUGAACACGCUCAGCUCUGACCACAUACUCCUGCUGCCUGAUAUAUCAGUAUAUCCGCCAGAUUUCAGGAUAUUCUUAGAAAAGGAUUUGCUAGAAACCGCUACACUAGUAACCCUAGAAUCCGCCAGUAUUCUCAACUGGUGGCGCGGUCGAGUACCAGGAGCACCUCGCCUGUUGCCCCUAGCAACGUCCGGCGAUGGGAACUGUUUACCACAUGCCGCUUCGCUUGCAGCGUAUGGGUUUCAUGAUAGACUGCUGGCAUUGAGGACUAAAGUGCAAGGUCUAUUAGAGGGGGAGGAAGGCGAGGCUUUGACUGACGCAAUAAAACGUCGUUGGCGGUGGUCAGAGAGCGCAUCACUCCGCGCAGCUGGGCUCCAACUAUCGGACAGUGAAUGGGCGCGUGAGUGGCGCGAGUCGGUCCGUGCUGCGUCUGCGGAGCCGCGCCGCCCGCAACCCAGUGCUGUGCCGCACUAUGCGGGGCUGGAGCAGUUGCAUGUGUUAGCGCUAGCACAUGUGAUGAGACGGCCUGUGCUGGUGUUCGCGGAUGUCGCACUACGGGAUUUCCGCGGCGACCCAAUAGCGCCAAUCCCAUUCGGGGGCAUCUACCUGCCCCUAGAGCUGGACCCGGCCACGUGCAGCAAAGCACCGAUACUACUGGCUUAUGACGCGGGGCACUUUUCUGCCCUAGUGCCGUGUGAGCCGCUGCCCAGCGAUGGGGCAAGAGUGCCCCUGGAGGAUGCUGCCCAGAAUCCGCUGCCAAUAAGAUUCAACGUAGACCCCGGAGAAGAUUUCCGCUGGGACGUCGAACCGGAUCAAAAAACAAUAAACAACCUGCUCCCAGACGAAUUCCAACGCACAGCCAUGUUAGAAGCCUACUUAGAUCUAGAAAGAGUAGAAUGUCUCUCACACACACAACCCCCAGAAGAGCUAAGAAGAUCACUAGACGCUCUAUCCACGAAGAGCUCUAAACAGCUGAACUCUGUGGCCAAACAGUUUGGCAGUAUAGGCCGGUCUAUGUCGAGCAAGUUGAAGAGUUUUGGGUCUAUGGCCAAGUUAACGGGGAAGUUAAGUGGGAGUCAAAGUAAUCCAGAGGAUUUGGUGAGGAGACGGUCGACGUGUGAAGUGUUGUGCUGUAGGGUGCUAGCGGCUAGGGCUCCCGUGCAAGAGGAGAUGGUUAAGAAUUAUUUGAACGAGGCUUGGGUCGGAUACACAACAGAGAAGAAUCGUAAAGCGGAAUCGACAAGCGAACCGUCCCAACCACGCUACGGUACAGGACGUUCACAAUUCUACACAGAAGCCGAGAGGAGUACGGCCCAAAGAAGUCUAGCCACAGCCAAAGCACCCGACCGCACCCUGUAUCUCUCAAAGUCCACGUUCUACGACGACCGCCCGCCAUCACCGAAGCCCUGCAGGGCUCCGCUGUGCAUGUACUACGGGAGCCCCGUGUAUAACGACUAUUGUUCAAGAUGCGCUAAGUUACAGUAGUUUUUUGGGAAUUUAUUUAUGUAAAUAAGGUUUUUUUUUGUUUGGAAUUUUUUAUUUAAGAAAAAAUCAUUUUUUUUUUGUUAAAAACAAUUUUUUUGGCAAUUUUUCCGUCUUGAGAGAGAUAAAGGAUGUCAAGAAAUCUCUUUCGUAUUUUUUUUUAUUCGUAAAAUAUUCAAUUCGACUUACAGGAGUCUCACAUUCGAUACUGUUAUCGACUUAUGUGUUAUUGAUUUCACGAAAAUUUGUAUUUUCGUGAAAUCGUAUUUGUCUUUUGGUCGUAUUUGUCUUUUCGUAUGUGAAAAUGUUUUUUACGAGGCUUUUUUAUGUUUUUUUUUUUUCUAAACAUAUAAUAAAUCUUAUAAUAAGUUUCUUUAAUAUCAGAAGCAGCUAAGAGCUAUUCACGAAUAAACAUAGUUUUUAUUAAAAAUAAUUUGGUAUACAUUUCGAAUGGCAGCUAUAAGUUACAUAUUUUGAGGCCUUAUUCUUAUCACUUAGCGGUAUGAAAAAAUAGAUGUUGACCGAUUCUCAGAUCUAUCCAAUAGGCACACAAAAUUUCACUAGAAUCGGUCCAGCUGUUUUAGAGGAGUAUGGUAACUAACAUUGUGACACGAGAAUUUUAUACAGAGAUAGUUUAUUUAGUAGCGUGCACUCUAUAGAUUUCUAAGUUCUACGUCUUCCACCCAUAAUUGCGAUUUUCUUUUUCCAA